UUCAAUAGUCAACUUAAAUAUAGGUAGCACCCUAGAUGAUAAGAAAAUGGAGAGCAUUCAAAAAGACCAAUUCAACCCUUUUAUGUUCUCCCCUCCUCAAUUCCAAUACCAUUUCUUAUUACUUGUCAUAAUUUUAUUUUUCAACAAUUUAUCAAACCAUGAAACCCAUCAUAAAUAUCUCUACCAUUUUCCUUUUGUUCAGUACUUCCAUCUCCGCUUACACAUUUUCAGAUCACAUCACACCCAAAUUCACCACUUCAUAUCUUCAACUCAUUAGUAACACCGGUGCUUUUUUGUUAUCUCGAAAUAAAACAUUCAAGGCUUCUAUAUUCAACCCUGGAAAUCAACAGACAAAUUUCUAUCUAUGUGUCAUUCAUGUCGCGUCGAACACAAUCAUUUGGUCAGCUAACCGGGACGCUCCCAUAACCGAUUCUGAUAAAAUGAGUCUAACUGUCAAAGGAAUAACAAUUUUUGACAGAAAUGGAAAUUCCAAAUGGUCAACACCAAAACUUGAAUCACAAGUAAACAAGCUUGUACUCACUGAUAUGGGAAACCUUGUGUUACUUGGUCAAAACAAUGUUUCUGUUUGGGAGAGUUUUCAUCAUCCAACUGAUACAAUUGUUAUUGGACAGAGUUUAUCAGUUGGAACAUCACUGUCAAGUUCUGUAUCAAAUUCAAAUUUUUCAACAGGAAAUUACAAGCUUAUAAUCACUUCUUCUGAUGCAAUUCUUCAAUGGUAUGGACAAACAUAUUGGAAACUUUCAAUGGAUUCAAAAGCUUACAAGAAUUCAAAUUAUUCUGUUGAAUACAUGACAGUAAACACAACAGGUUUUUAUGUCUUUGGUUAUGAUGAAAAAGUACUUGUUUAUCAAAUCGGUUUAUCAGUAUCCAAUUUUCACGUUGUGAAAUUGGAUUUCAAUGGACAGUUUACAAUUAGUAGCUUUUCAGGAACAAAUUUGAAGCAGGAAUUUGUUGGUCCAGAUGAUGGUUGUCAAAUUCCAUUAGCUUGUGGAAGAGUUGGUUUAUGUACUGAUAACACUUUAUCUUCUUCACCACUUUGUUCUUGUCCUCCAAAUUUUCAUGUUGCAUCAGGUAAUGUUGGUGGUUGUGUUCCAAAUGAUGGAUCCAAUUCUUUGCCAUUAGCUUGUACCAAUAAUCAUAGUGAAUCAAAUUCUUCAGAUGUUUCAUUUUUGAUUAUAGGGUAUGGUGUAGGGUACUUUGGAAAUAUUUAUUCUGAUCCAUUUAUGUAUGGAGUUAAUUUAUCUGUCUGUCAAGGAUUUUGUUUAAGUAACUGUUCUUGUUUGGGAAUUUUGUAUAGAAAUUCUUCAAGGUCUUGUUUUAUGAUUGAAAAUGAGUUGGGAUCAAUUAGUAAUAAAGGUGAAGAAGACAUGUUAGGAUUGAUUAAAGUCAAUAUCUUAACUAAUAAUAAAAAAAAUUCUCAAAAAGAGAGAUUUCCUGUUAUAGCUGCAGUGCUAUUACCAAUUGUUGGGAUGAUUCUUGUAAUGGCAGUUUUUUUACUGAUAUGGAGAAAAUUCAGAAAGUCAAAGAAUCAAGAUGUGAAAUUAGGGAAAUCAAUUUCAAUCUCACAUUCUUCAGGGGACUUAGAUCAUGAAGCAUUCUACAUUCCUGGAUUACCUUCAAGGUUUGAUUACGAAGAACUAGAGGUAGCUACUGAGAAUUUCAAGACUCUGAUAGGAUCUGGUGCAUUCGGCGUAGUGUACAAAGGUGUUUUACCUGAUAAUAAUAUUGUAGCAGUAAAGAAAAUAAUGAACAUUGGAGUUCAAGGUAAAAAAGAUUUUUUUACUGAGAUUGCUGUCAUUGGUAACAUUCACCAUGUUAAUUUAGUUAGACUGAAAGGCUUUUGCGCUCAAAGGGGACACAGAAUGUUGGUUUACGAGUACAUGAACCGCGGUUCACUCGAUCGAAACCUCUUCGGUAAUGGACCGGUUUUGGAAUGGCAAGAGAGGUUGGAUGUUGCACUCGGAACAGCGCGUGGACUUGCAUAUCUUCACAGUGGAUGUGAUCAGAAGAUAAUUCACUGUGAUAUAAAACCAGAGAAUAUUCUUCUGCAUGAUCAGUUUCAAGCUAAGAUAUCUGAUUUUGGACUUUCGAAACUUCUUAGUCCUCAACAAUCUGGUUUGUUUACAACAAUGAGAGGAACUCGUGGUUAUCUUGCACCAGAGUGGUUAACAAAUUCAGCAAUUUCUGAAAAAACAGAUGUAUAUAGUUUUGGAAUGGUGCUUCUUGAAUUGGUUAGUGGAAGGAAAAACUGUUCUUUUCGAUCAAGAAGUCGAAGUCGUCAUAGCAAUAUGGAUGAGAAUAAUAGUACUAAUAAUAGUGGAAAUUCUUCGAACUCGUCGGCAACAGGACUUGUUUAUUUUCCAUUAUAUGCAUUAGAGAUGCAUGAACAAAGGAGUUACAUGGAUUUGGCUGAUCCAAGGUUAGAAGGACGUGUUACAUUUGAUGAAGUGGAGAAACUUGUUAGGAUUGCAUUGUGUUGUGUUCAUGAGGAACCAACACUUAGGCCAAACAUGGUUAGUGUGGUUGGAAUGUUGGAAGGUGGGACUUCAUUGCCACAACCUAGGAUGGAAUCUUUGCAUUUCUUGAGGUUCUAUGGUCGUAGGUUUAGUGAGGCUUCUGUUAUAGAAGAAGAUAAUGAGAAUGGUUCUGUGAUAAUGAUUCAACAACAACCACGUGAUUCAACACCUAUCAUUAGUGCCUUUUCUUAUAUAUCUUCACAGAAUAUCUCAGGGCCAAGAUAGUGAAUUCUGUUAAUUGUACUUUUAUUUCUUUUUUUGGUCUAAUGUUAAUUUUGUAGUUAUAUGUAUAGGAGUUUCUGUCUGUAUGUAAUUUGAAGUUGGACCUUAAAAUGAAAUGUAUGAGUUGUAAGUCAAACACACACAUACUACUUAUUUCAAUUGUUAGUUGUUGCUAUCUUGUUGAGUUCUACUUAAUGAUAUCAAGGCAUAAAACUACUUUGUGUUGA